GGGAUGGGACAAAUCAAACUUGUCUAAAAUGUUAUUUAUUAUAGUUUGGUUUCCUAAUUAAAUUAUUAACAACCUGGUUCUGAUUUUAAUUGAAAUUUAGCCACGAUAACAGCCACCUUAAGAAGAACAAGACAGACACGGUCCCGAAGAAACGGUCGGAUCCUGAGAGAAAUCGCUGUUCAAAGGAAAACUCGUUCUAAUUUUAUACCCAAAAUUGAUCCUGAACUUUUAAAUUUAACGAGUUCCAGUUCCAGCAGCAGCAGCAAAUUAUCGUUUCGUUCCACUUCCGCCUUGUACUCGUCCCAUUCUUGCAAACUGUCCCUGCUCGACAACCCCACGUCCGACCCGACCCCGCUCCUCGGUCGCAGAAGGGUCGCCGCCGCGAAGAAAAAGGCCCGCGCCGCGACCAAAGGGCCUUUCUGGUUCUGGGGACUUUGAGGAAAUGGAGAAAAAUGAAGAAGAUUUCGACACCCCCUUCGAAGAUGAAGAUGACGGAAACUUGUCGGAGUUGUCGCUUCCCGUAUCGUCUGAGGAGGAGGAAGCCGAUAAAGAUAAGGCGGAAGGUGGCGAUAGGGAGAAAGGAAACCUUAAAGAUAAGGAAGAAUUGCCGGAAGAAGAGGCUCGUAAACGCCGCCUAGAAUAUAUUCUGAAACGUUCCGAAUUCUACACAAAAAAACUGACUGCGGGCGGCAUAGGGGGCCUCACUUCGGGGGGAAAAGUAGCCACUGCCAACUUAAAUUCUACGGCAGGAAGCCGACGCCGGUCCCUUGCGCCGUCGACGACGGACGACGAGGACCUAAUGGACUCACGCACUUCCUCCUCCAAAGGCCCCGUCAUAUUCGACACCUCCCCCGGCUUCAUCACGGGCGGAAAGAUGCGCGACCACCAAGUCCGAGGACUAAACUGGCUCGUAAGCCUGUACGAUCACGGGAUUAAUGGGAUCCUUGCGGAUGAGAUGGGGUUGGGAAAAACGCUCCAAAGUAUUUCCGUCCUCGGUUACCUGAAACAUGUCAAGGGGCUGAAGUACCACGCCCUUAUCAUCGUCCCCAAAAGUACGCUGAGCAAUUGGAUCAACGAAAUCCAACGGUGGUGCCCAACUAUUAGAGCGUUGGCCAUGAUUGGAGAUGAGGUAUCAAGGCAGAAACUGAUUAACGAGGGGUUGAAAAAGCUGAAAAAUUGGGACGUGCUAGUAACAACGUAUGAAAUGGUGCUGAUGGAAAAGGCUGUAUUACAAAAGAUUCACUGGGGCUACCUCAUAAUCGACGAGGCCCACCGGAUCAAGAACGAGCAGUCCUUGUUGGCCAAGGUCGUCCGGACGUUGCGGUCCAGCCAUCGCCUCCUCCUGACCGGAACUCCCCUGCAAAACAACCUCCACGAGCUGUGGUCCCUCCUCAACUUCGUUCUUCCCAAGUACUUCUCCUCGUCAGAAGAUUUUUCCUCGUGGUUCGCCGAGAUUGGUGCCGAGAGCGAAGAGCUCGUCAAGCGGCUGCACACCAUCCUCCGCCCCUUCCUCUUAAGGAGACUAAAGUCCGAGGUGGAAAAAGGACUUCCGCCCAAGAUCGAGAAAAAGAUUUACGUGGGGCUGUCCCAAAUGCAGCAUCAGUGCUACAGGGACAUCCUCCUAAAUCAGUUCAGCGAGUUAAAUUCCGAGGGAAACAUGAGCCACCAAAGCCUCGCCCACAUCGUCUUACAACUCCAGAAAUGUUGUAACCACCCGUACCUCUUCCGCGGUCAGGAGCCCGGUCCUCCCUACACGUGCGAACCCCACUUGUUCACGAACUGCGGAAAAAUGCUGGUGAUGGACAAACUCCUGGAGAAACUUAAGCAGGAGGGGAGCCGUGUCCUCCUCUUUUCUUCCAUGGCACGGAUGCUCGACAUUUUCGAGGACUACUGCUUCCUCAAAAAAAUGAAGUACCACCGACUCGACGGAAGUACAGAGUACACCGAAAGACAGAAGAUGAUUGAUGAAUUUAAUAGUCCAGGGAGCGAGACGUUCCUCUUCAUGCUGACCACGGGCGGUCUGGGAAUCAAUUUGACUUCGGCCGAUUGUGUCGUGAUUUACGAUUCCGACUGGAAUCCAAUGGUGGACCUGCAGGCGAUGGACAGAGCUCACAGAAUCGGACAGACGAAACAAGUCCGCGUCUUCAGGCUUAUAACGGAGGACACCGUGGAAGAGAAAAUAGUGCAACGGGCUGCUCUAAAGUUAAAAUUGGACAAUGUCGUCAUCCAACAAGGACGUGGACAAAUCGUGGACAAAUCCCAAAACGUCCUCUCCUCCGCCGACCUCUUAUCUUGGGUCCGACACAGCGCUAAAUCAAUCUUAUCCUCCGACGGAGUGGAAACAAUAGCGGACGAGACCAUCCAAGAAAUCAUGUCCAAGUCGGAGGCGAAAUCGGGCAAGGUGGACGAAGCCAUUAACGCCCUCCCAGAAAGCAGAUUGGCCACCUUCACCAUCGACUCGCAGGCACAGGAAAAGGACCAUUUCGACUUUGGGGGGGGGGAAAUUUCCGGCGGUUGAGGGAGGAGCACCGCCGGAAGCAGAGGGAGG